AUGACAACACAAAUCCAAACAACCACCAAGGACAUGAUGAUUUCUGUUUUUCGAGGAUGUGACAUUCACUGGGUCGUCGUUCAGACAGGUGCCUUGUUCAAUGUGUUUGACAGGGGCAUGAUGACAGCUGCCUUUUUGAAUGUGUUUGAUGGGGGCAUGAUGACAGCUGCCUUUUUGGACAUGUUUGACGGGGGCAUGAUGAUUAUCUCAACAGUCAUUCAGACAGCUGCCUUUUUGGACAUGUUUGAUGGGGGCAUGAUGACAGCUGCCUUUUUGGACAUGUUUGAUGGGGGCAUGAUGACAGCUGCCUUUUUGGACAUGUCUGACGGGGGCAUGAUGGUCUGUGGAUUGCGCACUUACGAGCACAAUCGUCAAGCUUUGGGGAGACUACAAGUGGUUGUUCAGACAGCUGCCUUUUUGGACAUGUUUGACAGGGGCAUGAUGAUCCAUAAAUUGCACAGUGAUGCGCAGGGCUGGGGUUUUGAGGAGAUGAUGUAG